AUGAAAAAUCACAAGAAUCGGCCUGCUGGCGCCGCACCAUUCCCCGAAGUGAAUGAGGUGUACGCCCACUACUCUAGGCGUGGAAAAGGUCAUGGCCCCAGUCGUGCUCGUGCUCGUGAUAGUGGUUGUGGUCGUGAUACUGGUCAAGGAAGAAAUUCUUCUCUUGGUGUUAAUCAUUCAUCAAAGAAGAAUCACUACCAGAAAGGGAAAAAUAAGGAUGAUAGGCAUGAAGUGCCAGAAGCACGUGGCUCAGAAAAUAAAUGCUAUCGAUGUGGUGGAAGUGGACACUGGUCACAUACCUGUCGUACGACAAAACACUUGGUUGAGCUUUAUCAGGCAUCAAUGAAAAGGAAAGAGAAAAAUCCUGAAGCUAAUUUUAUCUCUGAAAAUCAAGUUGACAUCACACACUUGGAUGUAACAGAUUUCUUUGAGAGAAGGAAAGAUAGAUCACUUGAUUGGUGA